GCUGCAUGUAAUUGUAUUUACGUCGUUUAUAUAGACUAGACUGCUCCUCUCGAUCAUACGUCAUGCACGUACGUAUAUCUCCGAUAUCAGAUCGUGAGCAAGCGGGAAGCCGACACAUCGAAAAUUUGAUCGAUAUUUUUGACCGAACAAAUUUCACUAAAGUUUUAAGAUGGAAGAGACUAAAAUCUCCACGAUUAUGCCGAAGACACCGGGGAAAAGAAACACCCCAACCAGGUCUCAGGUCUGGCAGUAUAUUACCUGCGAUAUAGAUGCGAAAGUUGCUCGAUGUAAUAUUUGCAACAAAACAAUGAAGUACACAGGCGGCACUACAAACUUGCGUUAUCAUCUGACUGCGUCCCAUCAAAUGCAAGAAUUCGAGGUUAGUGGGCCAUCUGCAAGAGUUUACAAAGAAGGGGGAGAAUGGAAGACAGGAAGAAGGGUUCGAACAAUCAAGUCUGGUCCAACAUUCCGUGUAGGUGGAUCCCCAUCAAGCAAGAGCUCUUCACGUGGGCACAAUGUAGCAAUGCCGUCCACCUCAGCAUCCGGCACCAUAGCGAAAAUUACCUGUGGCCCAGAGAGAUCCAAAUUUAUCCACUCGCAUGUUGUGAUGCUCCUGGCUCAGAGCCUUCUACCAGUGAGCAUGGUUGAAGACGAAGGGUUCAUCCGGUUUAUCCAAGAGAUGGAACCUGGUUAUCCCAUGCUUGGCAAAAAGGUAGCUCAGUCAAUGUUGAUGGGAAAAUAUGAAGAGGCACAGGAGAAGCUGAAGAUCUGCCUCAACAAGGAUGCCAAAAACUUUGGUCUCGUGUACGAGAUAUGGACUGGUCAUGACAAGAACAAUUACCUUACUGUCACUAUCCACUACCUGACACAUCAGUGGAAUCGGGAGUCUUGGGUGCUGGGAACAGACAGGGUAUCCACCAAGCCCUCCACCACAGAGAUAAACAUGUGCAUCCGUAACUUGAUCAGUCAAUACCAACUCUCCCUGGAGAGCAUAACCGCUGUGGUCAAUCGGCAAGGGAUACUCAAGGUUACACAAAUCAACAAGGUUGGGGAAGCUCUGCUCUGUGACAGCAUGAGCUGUGCAACGGAGAAGCUGGAGCAUUGUGUCUCGAUGGCAUUGCUGUUGCCUAGUGUGAAGGUAGUAGUGGAGGGUGCAGCCAAGAUGAUCAACUAUUUCUUGCAUAAUGAGGAUCCCAAUGAGAAGCUGAAUAAGGCAAAAGCAGAGAGCAAACUGAACAUAGAGCUACAAGACUACAACAAGUCAUCAUGGUUGGGCAUUGCAGAUAUGCUACAGAAGGUCCUUGCUUUACAAGACGAGAUUGAAUCUGUGAAAGCCCAGGAUGAGAAGAACCAGCUGAUGUACCUCCAUGAUUGGGAGGGUGUCGCUCAGUUGGUCCAUUCGCUCCAAAUCUUGAAGGCAGCCUUGACAGUCUUGGGUGAUCAGAAGAGUGGUUCCGUUGCCUGUGUCUUGCCCGUGGUUCACAGCAUGCUGCAGCAUUGCGAGGGUCGAGAAGAUGAUGGCUCCAUGCUUUCUGAAUUUCUCACAGUAAUUGCCAAGGAGGUUCGGGAGAAAUGGGAUUUAAAUGCCAUCAUGCCUUCUUCAGUCACAAUGCUUUCGGCACUCCUAGACCCACGUUUUAAGCAACUCAAGUUCAUUGCAGAUGAUGAUAAAUUGGAUGUCAUCGAUGCACUCAAGCAGCUGGUAGUGGCAAAUCAUGCCACUGCAAAUCAUGACUCUGAGGACUCUGCUACCAACAGUGUCUCGCCGUUCUUGUGUCUGUUCGGUGAAGACGAGUUCAACAGCAAGCCAGAGACUACCGAUGCAGAGGUCACAACUUACCUGUCCUAUCCACCCCUUUCAAGAGACAUGUGCCCAUUGGACUGGUGGAGAAUGAACCAGGGUAAAUUUCCUGAGCUGUCGAAGAUUGCACGAUGUUAUCUUGCCGUACCUGCUGUUGUCCAGUCCUGGAGUGACAUCAUAACAGGAUCAUCCAAGAUGGAUAUGAAAAGGGCCCUUCUGGAUGUGGACACUGCUGGGCCACUCAUCUUCUUGAACAAGAAUUGGUCCAUCCUUUCAUAGGCCAACUGCUUAGGACAUGGAAAUGGCCCCUUCUUUAUAAACAGACACUGCUGGAUCACGUAUCUACUUGAACAAGAAAUGGUUCAUUUCACCAAAUAAUGAAAACAUACAGACACUGCUGGGCCACUCAUCACUCUGAAACAACAACCAGUCCAUCUUUUCAUAGGUCAAGUAAUUAUAGGAAAGCUGAGUAAACCCAUGGCAAUCAUACUGACUUUUUUUAAAUAAUCUAUUGAGUCAAUCAUUGCAGUUAAGUGUAAUUAAUGCAUAAAAUUUUAAUCAGCACAAUCCAUGUUUUCAGACCAUGGAUUUAAUUAAAUCCACCUACAUGUAGCUGUGAAAAUUAGGAAGCAGAACAUACUGAAGAAAGAAUCAGUUUAACAUUGUGUUAUUUAUAACCAAAAGACGAUACGAGUGUGUAGUUCUGAGAACGUUGCAAGCAAUGUCAAUUCUGAUUUCUGCUGCAACAAGCCCCAUCCCUCUCUCCCCUCUCCCCCCCCCCCCCUCCCCAAUAAGUGAGAUGAUCAAAAUAGCCUUGUACAGUGAAGUCAGUACAAUGCAUAUCAUGUAAAUAUGUUAAGUACAUGUUCAUACAUUUAUUAUCUUGUCCUCAUUCAAAGGAAAUGUAUGUAUAUAUAUGUUUAAUUGCUGUACGUUAAAGAAAUGUGCCUUUUAUUUACACUCAUUCAAUUUCACCUAUUUGUCAAAACUUUUACUUUUUAACUUUGCUAUUGUGUAAGUGUGCAAACCAUCCCCAUACGAAUAUUGAAUGCAGUUAAACUGAUUGCUGUCAUCAUGGUCCAUGCUGUCAUUUACCUCUUUUUAUUGGCUUAUGGAAAACCCAUUUUCUUUUUAAUAACUUUCUUAUAUAAUUUUAAACGACAAAGUGUUAGGGAUUUUUACCCAUUAGCAAUCUUCGGCUUUGAUCGUUGUGUUAAGUACUCUACAGAUUUUGUUGAUAUGAACAGAAAGGACAAGUUCACCCCAACAAAGGUUGAUUUGAAUAAAGAGAGAAAAAUCCAACAAGCAUAACAAGUCUUAGUCUAGAAGUUACGACUCUCGUCUUUCAAUCAGAGGGACGUGGGUUCAAAUCCCAGUCACGGCAUGUUUUCCUUCAGCAAGAAAUUUUGAUUUUCCCCACAUUGUGCAGCACUCGACCCAGGUGAGGUGAAUGGGUACCCGGAAGGAUUCAUUUCUUGAAUGCUUUUAGCGCCUAUACGGUGGCUCAGCUACAGCCGGGGUAAUAUAUGAUACCAAGAAUCAAGCACAGUAGAGUAUAUCUGCAAUUAGACUAGCUGCGCUACAUAAAUGGAACAUAUUAUUAUUAUUAUUAUAACGCUAAAAUUCCAUCAGAAUCAGAUGUAAAAUAAGAAAGUUAUGAUAUUCUGAAGUUUUGUUUAAUCUCACAAAACAGUUAUAUGCACAUCCUGUUCAUUAUGCAAAUAAGGUGGAUGAUGACAUCAUCCACUCACUAUUUCUUUGUUUUGUUCUUCCCUGAACGUGUAGGAUUACCAUUGUUAUAAAAUUGUUAUGUUCAGUCAAGUUGGUCCUUAUUGUCACAUCAGUAAAAAUUGAAAUAUUGUUUUAUUUGUAUAAUUCAAGCAAUAAGAAACAAAUAUAGUGAGUGAGGGACAUCAUCGACUCUCUCAUUUGCAUAUCACCGAGUUGUGCAUAUACAUGUAACUGUUUUGUGAAAAAUAAGCGAAACUUUUAAAAUGUCAUAACUUUAUCAUUUGUUUGUUUUUCUCUAUUAAUUCAAAUCAACAUUUUUGUGGGGUUGACUUGACCUAGAACUAUCAGUUCAUACUUUAUCCUCUAUGGAGGCUGUAUGGAUAUAUCCACCUACAAGGGCAUGGAAUAGAAUACUAACUUUACAAUGCACUAAUUUACUAUAAUUCAGGGUUUUAUAUUUCCGCAUGAUAACAAGUUUGUGCAAGUAUAGUGCAGAUCCAAUUUAAAAGGAAUUUAAGUUGUUUCUAGGGAUGGUAGUAAAAUGUAACAAAAUGUUAUAGAAAUCCCCAGAAAAAGAUGUUUAUUCCUGUCUGUAUUUUUACUCUUAAAAUCUUUGUGAAACAACCCUCUCCCCUUUACCUGCACAUGUAUGUUAUCAAUAUACAUGUAAGGCUCAUUCAGAUAUCCUCUGGCAAACUCAGCAACAUAUGAAGUGCUCAGAAAUGGCAAGUAAAAUCACGCUGCUUGAUCAAAUUUAUAUUUAUAAGUUUUCAACAAAGACAGUGUAAUAUUAUUUGUAUCCACUAGGCUUCCAUGUAGCAUCACAGUUUUACAAUUUAUCAUGUGCACUUCAGCUCUUUAAAAGAUUGUUAAAAAAUGACAUAAUGAUUUCAGUGAUAUCAUGGGUUACGUUUCUGAUAUUUGUCAACGCUGCUUUGGACAACUUAUUUAGUCAACAGUCUUUGCAGCAAGAAUGUAAAAGAAUCGUCUGCAACAUUUUUUGUUGUUGAUUCAUUCUUCUUUGACUUUGCACGCAAAAUGUUCCUUAACUUUGUUUUGCCAGAUAUGAAUGAGCAUUAGUUGCAUGAGAUAUUUUAACAGUUCAUAUUGUUUUUAUUAUUUUAUUGCAUCAGAAUUAUGAUAAUUGGUGCUACAUGUACAUGUAUGAAACUUUGAAUGUGAAUACAUGUGAAAUGUAUUAAAAAGAUACUUUUACUCAAA